GACCAGAGCAGACCUGGGGGAAAGCGGUUCAGUGCAGGCCUGGUGUGUGCUUCUGUCUGCUCAGGGUGAGAGAGAACAAUGCAGAAGGACUCUGACCCUCUAAUGCCUUUACUUUGGAUUGGCUUUGGCUAUGCAGCGCUGGUUGCUUCUGGUGGGAUCAUUGGCUAUGCAAAAGCAGAUGGUGUCCCAUCACUGGCUGCUGGACUUCUUCUCAGGGGCUUAGUAGGCCCGGGUACUUAUCAACUAUCCCAGGAUCCAAGGAACAUUUGGCUUUUCCUAGCUAUAUCUGGAACCUUAGCUGGCAUUAUGGGAAUGAGAUUCCACCACUCUGGAUGCGUUAUGCCUGUGGGCUUAAUCACGGGUGCCAAUUUGUUGACGGUCACCAAACUUGGAAUUAAUGUGUUGAAUAGACCCCAUCAGUAG